AUGUCAUUCAUCCCUAUUGUAUGUGGUAUGAAGAGUUUCGACUCUUCAUACGAUUCUGUGCCCGGGCAUCAGAACCUGUACUGCCCGAAUUGUCACAAUUAUAGUGUCGGCCCCAUAAAAAGAAAGGAAUUUUUUACUGUUUGGUUCAUACCGUUGGUUCCUGUUUUCUGGGGCAAACAGCUACACUGUCCCAUCUGCAAUUGGCGACAAGAUUUUAAAAAUGACGAACAGCUAAAUAAAGUCAUUCAAGAACAACAAAACUUACGACAAAAGCAGCCCAACUGA